UUGUGUGACCCCUGCCCCGGAAGCUCUCGCUCGCUCUCCCGGAAGCACCGCCCCCUCCGCCUCAGUCUCUCUCUUUUCGCCGCCAUCUUGAAGCCGGCUCCCCGCACAAAAUGCCUGGUGAAGCGACAGAAACCGUCCCAGCCACAGAGCAGGAACUGCCACAGCCUCAGGCUGAGACAGCUCCUGCUGUCCCUGCCCCUCCUGCCGGUGCUCCUGCAGCGCCCGCAACCGCUGUUUCUGAGCCUCCUGUUCAAAUGUCAGCUCCUGCCGCUAACCCUGCCCAGCCCUCCUCUCCAAGUGCCCCCACAGGCCUGACUGUGUCACUAGAGCAGCCCCACUCCCCAACCUCUCCUGCUUCCCCUGCCUCCCCACCUGUGGUCCCAGCUCUGAUGCCUCCUACCUUUUCCGCUCCCUUAAAGCUCCCAGCUGGAGCUCUUGGCAUCUCAGUGCCCAGCCCUCCUCCCCCUGUCCCCCCUGCGGUCCCAGCCGAUUCCAUCACUCCAGGCUCUCCCAGGCCUGCUGCUUCCCCGGUUACUCCUGCGGGCCCAGCACUGGCAUCUCCCUCUGCUACCCCAAGCUCUUCCCUGGCCCCUGUCACCACCCCUCUUGCCCCCCUGGCGGCACCAGCCUCUUCUAGAUGCCCAGUUUUGACAGCUCCUGUUUCUCCCCUAACCCCCCUCGUUCCUCCUGUGGCCCCUGUUCUGGUGGCUCCUGCAGCCCCAGGCCCUCUUGCUCCUCCUGCAGUCUCAGCCACCCCCAUUGUGGCUGCUGCCUCUGCCCCCCUUGCCCCUCUGGCUCCUGUUUCUCCCCCUGUGACAUCAGCUCUGGCUGCUGCUACCCCUGUGACCCAAUUUACUUCCCCAGCCCCUCUUGUUCCUCCUGUAGUCACUGCUGCUCGCCUAGCCCCUCUCACAUCCGCUGGGGCCUCGGCUUCUCCAGUGGUCUCUGCUGCUGCCCCUCUGGCCCCAACCUCUUUCCCAGCUUUUCCUGUGUCUCCUGCCCCAGCCCCCUUCACUCCCUUGGAGACCUCUGCCCCUCCCCCAAAGACCCCAGGCCCCUCCACGCCCCCCGAAACCCCUGCCUCUCCCCCAGCCCCUCUCCAUCCCCCAAAGACCCCAGCUUCUCCUACAGCCCCUGUCCCAGCUCCCUCCAUGCCCCCCGAGAGCCCUGCCUCUCCCCCAGCCCCUCUCCAUCCCCCAAAGACCCCAGGCUCUCCUACAACUCCUGUCCCAGCCCCCUCCAUGCCCCCUGAGACCCCUGCCUCUUCCCCAACCCCCCUCCCUCCCCUAAAGACCACUGCCUCCCCCACAACUCUCCUACUUCCCCCAAACACCCCAGACCCCUGCACAGCCACCGAGACCCCUGCCUCUCCCCCAGCCCCUCUCCCUCCCCCAAAGACCCCAGCUUCUCCUACAGCUCCUGUCCCAGCCCCCUCCAUGCCCCCUGAGACCCCUGCCUUCCCCCCAACCCCCCUCCCUCCCCCAAAGACCACUGCCUCCCCCACAACUCUCUUACUUCCCCCAAACACCCCAGACCCCUCCACAGCCCCCGAGGUCCCUGCCUCUCCCCCAGCCCCUCUCCCUCCCCCAAAGACCCCAGCCUCUCCUACGGCUCCUGUCCCAGGCCCUUCCAUGCCCUUUGAGACCCCUGCCUCUCCCCCAGCCCCUCUCCCUCCCCCAAAGACCCCAGCCUCUCCUGCGGCUCCUGCUCAAGCCCCUUCCACUCCCUCUGAGACCCCUGCCUCUCUACCGAAGCCCCCGGCCUCUCCUGUGGGUCCUGCUUCUGCCCCAGUCUUCUCCAUGCCCUCUGAGACCCCUCCCUCUCCCCCAACCCCUCUCCUUUCUGCUAUGACCUCAGCUUCUACUGCUCCUCCUGCCUCUGCCCCAACCCCCUCCACUUCCCCUAAAACCCCUGCUCUUCCACCAAAGGCCCCAGCCUCCCCUGUCGGUCUUGCUCCUGCCCCAGUCCCAGCCCCCUACAUUCCCCCUGCGAUCCCAGUCUCUCCCCCAACCCCUCACCCUUCCCCUAUGGCUCCUACACCAGCCCCUCUCCAUCCCUUGGUGGCUCCUGUUUCUCCCAGCAUGACACCAGCUCUGGUGGCUCCAGCAUCUCCACCAGCUCCUAUCAUCCCUCCUGAGGCUGCAGUUUCUCCUGUGACCCCUGUUUCUCCCCCUGUGGCCCCAGCUUCUCCCACUUCCCCAGUUCUGGUGACCCCUGGCUCUCCCCCUGUCCCAAAGGCAGCAACUGAGGCUUCUGCCCCUGGCUCUGCUCCCGCCUCCUCCCCUGAGCUGCUCCUUGCUCCCCAGAAACCAGCUUCCUCGCCAGUUGCUUCCACUGACCUCUCUGCCAUUCCCCUUACUCCAGCGAGUAGCCAAGCCCCUGCGCCUCUGCCCACUUCCCUCGCUGAAGAGCUAACCCCCCACACCGGGCUUCCUAAACCAUCCCUGCCUUCCUCCUCACCUGGUCCUGCGCCCGAAGCACCAGCUAGACCCCCCGCCCCCGUCUGUGCUGCUACCAUCGAUGACGACGAACUGCCGCCUCUCAUCCCUCCCGAGGGGCCUGCCGGGGAACUGCCUUUGCAGCCGAUCCUGGUGGAUCUCUCCUCUCCCAGACCUGCUGUGGCCCCUGCUGAGGCCCCAGCUCCUCUUCCUCCAGCCAAGCAACCCGUGCUGAAGAAUGACAAGGGGUCCGGCACAGAAUCCGACAGUGACGAAUCGGUGCCAGAACUCGAAGAACAAGACUCUACACAGGCCACCACACAGCAGGCACAGCUCGCAGCAGCAGCUGAAAUAGAUGAAGAACCAGUUAGCAAAGCAAAACAGAGCCGGAGUGAAAAGAAAGCACGAAAGGCAAUGUCCAAACUGGGCCUUCGCCAGGUCACAGGUGUAACCCGAGUUACCAUCCGGAAAUCCAAGAACAUCCUCUUCGUCAUCACGAAGCCAGACGUGUACAAAAGCCCCGCAUCAGACACCUACAUCGUCUUUGGCGAGGCAAAGAUCGAAGAUCUGUCCCAGCAGGCACAGCUGGCAGCUGCUGAGAAAUUCAAAGUGCAAGGAGAAGCCGUCUCAAACAUUCAGGAAAACACACAGACUCCGACCGUACAGGAGGAGAGCGAAGAGGAGGAGGUUGACGAGACCGGCGUUGAGGUGAAGGACAUCGAGCUGGUCAUGUCCCAGGCGAAUGUGUCCCGGGCGAAGGCUGUCCGGGCCCUGAAGAACAACAGUAACGAUAUUGUAAAUGCUAUUAUGGAAUUGACGAUGUAGCCAUCAGAAGAGAGGAACCUUUUGGUUUUUCAGAGAAGAGUAAAAUGCAGCUAAAUUUAACAUUUGUACUAUUUCUAUCAAUAAAUAAAAGUUGUGGCUUAUUGUCGGUGAAA